AUGAAAAAUGGGUAUGCUGAAAAAAACUGCCAGCACCAGCCAAAGAUCUCCUCCUCUCAAUUACCAAGCCACACGCCCUCACCAAACUCGAUCCGAAACGACCCAUGGCUGCGAUGCCUAGCUACCCUGGCGAUCGUGGGCCCGCAGUUCUGCGCACCGUAUCCGGUCGACCUCACCGUCACCAAGAAGGCGAUCAGCAUCACCGACGGCGACUUCGUCGUGACCGACGUCAACGGGGCCGUGGUGUUCAAGGUGAAGGGCACCCUCCUCAGCGUAAGGGACCGCCGAGUUUUGCUCGACGCUAACGGGGUUCCGCUCAUGUCCAUGCAACAAAAGAUACUGUCUGCACACAGAAGAUGGCAAGUGUUCAGAGGAGACAGCUCGGACUCCAAAGAUCAGCUCUUCAGUGUCAAGAAAUCCUCUCUGCUGCAGUUCAGGACACAGCUUGAUGUAUUCUUGGCAUCAAACACAAGCCAGAGAGUUUGCGACUUCAAGAUCAAAGGAAGCUACUUUGAGAGAUCCUGCACCAUUUAUCUCGGAGAUUGCAAUACCAUUGUAGCUCAGAUGAAAAAACACCACACAGUUGGAAGUGUGCUUCUGGGUAAGGACACUUUUGGUGUGACGGUGUAUCCAAAUGUCGACUAUGCCUUCAUCGUUGCUCUCAUCGUGAUUCUGGACGAGAUAAACAAAGACCGAGACGACGGAGAUUGAUAUGUACAUGAAAAAUGAAGAACUUUAUGUGCAAGUAUGUACGUGUGCCUAGCUAAUAUUGUGUGGUUCUGAACUCUGUUGUGUUGUAAAAGUUGUAAUAUGAGAUAAGUGACUCUAAACAUAAAGCAUAAUGUAUGCUGUUAUCAUUCUAAGAAAACUAUCUGGUAUGAGCAAAAGUUAGAGCUCAAAUGUAUUUUAAAUGAUUUUCCAAUUACUAUUU